CCGACAUUCCGUCAUUAGUGUCAAAAGUAUCAAAAAUGGCGGCGGACGGUGACGAAGUGAUUAGUGAUCAAGAAAAAGUUAGAAUCGUUUCAGAUUUCAUAUUACAUUCGCCUCCUGGAGAAUUUAAUGAAGUGUUUAACGAUGUAAGGGUUCUACUAAAUAAUGACACCCUUCUAAAAGAAGGCGCGAGCGGAGCGUUCGCGCAAUACAAUAAGGAUCAACUAACGCCCGUGCGCCUCGAAGGCUCGGAACUCCACACGCUCAUAACCGACCACAAUGAGCUCGGCGGCGGGAGAUUCUUCGAUCCCCGCUCCAAGCGUUCCUUUAAGUUUGACCACUUGCGUAAAGAAGCGUCAGAGUAUGAACCCUACGAGCCUGACCGAAUGGCGGAGCCCUGGCGGGCGGCGCUCGACGAGGAGUUGACGGCGUACGUGGCCGCGCACUUCAAGCACGGCGCUAGCUUAGUAGUGGGCCGCACACUGGACACAGGUGCUGUACAACUCGUAGCCUGCAUCGAGGACCACCAGUUCCAGCCGAAGAACUACUGGAACGGGCGAUGGCGCUCUGUGUGGUCGCUGACGGUGGGCGCGGGCGCGGCCGAGCUGCGCGGCAUGCUGCGGGUGCAGGUGCACUACUACGAGGACGGCAACGUGCAACUGGUGAGCUCGAAGGAGGUCCGCGCGCCCGUGACGGCGACGGGGGAGGCGGCCACGGCCAAGGAGUUCGAGCGGCUGGUGCGCGACGCGGAGAACGCGUACCAGACCGCCAUCUCCGACAACUACAAGACCAUGAGUGAUACUACGUUCAAGGCGUUGCGGCGACAGCUGCCGGUGAUGCGCACCAAGGUGGACUGGGCGCGGCUCGUCUCUUACACGAUCGGUAAGGAGCUCAAGAGCCAAUGAUGUCCCGCCGCUGCGCUCUGAGCCGCAGCGGCCGCUCCACGCCUGUACAUAUUCGCGUAAGAGUAAAUCUUGUUCAAAUGUUUACGGGCGCCGGGGUGUCGUCGCGGCGGGCCCUGGCGCGUAUUUAUCUAUGAAUAUAUAGAGAAAUCGCUAUCUUAACUGUUAAAUUUUAUUGCAUUUUGUUACACUCAGUAUGGAAUAAUUAUUGAAUAGCGAAGUGUCUGAAUGCGGCUUAUUUUUGGACAGUACACUCUCAUAAGUCACGGGAGGUUGAUCAACGAGUUUGUGUCCAUUUUUGUUGCUAGCAAGAGAUUAUACGGAAUAAAGUUGUACUUAGGUGUGGGCAAAGUUUACACCCGACUAGAUCUGUAGGACUUGACUGGACGUCACACUUGAUCCAUUAAUUUAUUUGCUCUUCGGGGAUGAUUGGUUGUUGUGUAAGCAAUAUGAUGACUGUUCAUUCAUUGAUUUAGCUUUUUGUGAUUAUUGAAAAGACGCAUGUCAAUUACAAUAAGAUUUAAAUAUUAAAUUACCAUAAUACCUAGUUAUGGAUGUUAAAACUUAACUUGUGCAUGUAUUUAAACAUUUAAUCCAUCCACUUCUCCAUGUGUUGUAUACUCAGUAUUAUUUCUGAUAUUGCUUGCAUAACAGAGUAUUAUAUGACAAUUGUUCAGGAAAGGUACAUAGAAGGUCUCCAAUGGUGCAUUUAAUUGUAGUUUAUUUAACAAAUUGUCCACGUAGCUUUAAAGCAGCGUCUAUGAGUGUAGAGCACAAGAUAUUCAAUAUUUUUCAAUUUACAAUAAAUAAAAAUUGGAGUGUUGCUCAAACGGUAACUAAUGCAGUGAAGAAAAUAAUAAAAUUAGAGAAUUAUUGUCCAUAUUAUGGCUUUGAGAGUGCGAAUGAUGCGUAACUUUUUUUUUAUAUAAUGUGUAAUAAUUGUAACGCCAAUAAGGAUUAUUUUGUAAUUAUUAUAAUUAUUUUAAUAAAGAACGUACAUUAAAAAUCCAAGAUAAUGUAUGAUUGGAUUCAUUUCAAUAAAAAUAUAUAUUAAAAUGUUGCUAACA